AUGAGCCACACAGCCAGUUCUUGUCCAGAGCUGGUUGAAAACCGUGCUGCGCAUGUAGCAGGAAUGGCACAAGAAGAUAGUCGUCGCGGUCAAGUGCCAUCUACCUUUUAUCAUGGUGCCAACCAAGAACUUGACCUGUCCACCAAAGUGUACAAAAGAGAAUCGGGAAGUCCUUAUUCGGUGUUAGUGGACACCAAGAUGAGCAAACCACAUCUCCACGAAACAGAGGAACAGCCGUAUUUCAGGGAGACAAGAGCAGUGUCUGACGUGCAUGCUGUUAAAGAAGACCGGGAGAAUUCUGAUGACACAGAAGAGGAGGAGGAGGAGGAGGAGGAAGUCUCUUACAAAAGGGAGCAGAUCAUAGUGGAGGUAAACCUUAAUAAUCAAACGUUAAAUGUAUCUAAAGGGGAAAAGGGUGUCUCUUCUCAGUCCAAAGAGACUCCUGUUCUUAAGACAAGCAGUGAGGAGGAUGAGGAGGAGAGUGAGGAAGAGGCCACCGAUGACAGCAAUGACUAUGGGGAGAACGGAAGGCAGAAGAAGAAGGAGAAGACAGCGGAGAAGGCCAUUGUCACACAAAGGAGAACCAGGAGAGCCGGCUCCGUGGCUGCGGCUACCACUUCCCCGACUCCCAGGACUACAAGAGGACGUAGGAAGAGCGUAGAGCCACCUAAGCGGAAGAAGCGGGCCGCAAAGGAGCCUAAAGCACCAGUCCAGAAGGCUAAGUGUGAAGAGAAAGAGACUCUGACCUGUGAGAAGUGCCCCAGGGUGUUUAAUACUCGCUGGUACCUGGAGAAGCACAUGAACGUUACCCACAGGCGCAUGCAGAUUUGUGAUAAGUGUGGCAAGAAGUUUGUCCUGGAAAGUGAGCUGUCCCUUCACCAGCAAACAGACUGUGAAAAAAAUAUUCAGUGUGUUUCCUGUAACAAAUCAUUCAAGAAACUCUGGUCCCUUCAUGAACACAUCAAGAUUGUCCAUGGAUAUGCAGAAAAGAAGUUUUCCUGUGAAAUUUGUGAGAAGAAAUUCUAUACCAUGGCUCAUGUGCGGAAACACAUGGUUGCACACACAAAAGACAUGCCAUUUACAUGUGAAACCUGUGGAAAAUCGUUCAAACGCAGCAUGUCCCUCAAGGUGCACUCCUUGCAGCAUUCUGGAGAGAAGCCCUUCAGAUGCGAGAACUGUGACGAAAGGUUUCAGUACAAGUACCAGCUACGCUCCCACAUGAGCAUCCACAUCGGGCACAAACAGUUCAUGUGCCAGUGGUGUGGCAAGGACUUCAACAUGAAGCAGUACUUCGACGAACACAUGAAAACACACACUGGAGAGAAACCCUUUAUCUGUGAAAUCUGUGGCAAAAGCUUCACCAGCCGCCCCAACAUGAAGAGGCACCGCAGAACUCACACAGGCGAGAAGCCCUAUCCAUGUGACGUGUGUGGCCAGCGGUUCCGCUUCUCCAACAUGCUGAAGGCCCACAAGGAGAAGUGCUUCCGGGUGACCAGCCCCGUGAACGUGCCGCCUGCCGUCCAGAUCCCACUCACGAGCUCCCCAGCCACCCCGGUUCCUUCUGUGGUGAACACCCCCACCACCCCCACCCCUCCAAUCAGUAUGAACCCUGUGAGCACGCUUCCCCCGCGGCCCAUCCCCCACCCCUUCUCACACCUCCACAUCCACCCGCACCCUCACCACCCACACCACCUUCCUAUCCCCCCAGUCCCACACCUGCCCCCACCUCCAGCUCUCUUCAAGAGCGAGCCUUUAAAUCACAGAGGCCAGGGUGAGGACAACUUUCUGCGGCACCUGGCAGAGAAGAGCAGUCCAGCACAGCACCAUUAACACCCACCUCCUUCCAUGCACAGUUCCCCAUGAGCUGUGCCCCCGUGUGAGUGUGCAGAGGGGGAGUCGGCGAGCCUUUCGGUAGCUGUCAGGCUCUCCCUCGCCUCCACCGGGAGCCCCGUCAUGGUCUUGGGGAAUCAACACAUCAAGAGUGAACGAGACUACCCUUGAGCUCACGGAGGGAACGGUCAUCUAAACCAGGGGAACCGCGGCACUAAAGCCCAAUAUGCGUGCAUUUUCUGGUGACUUUUAUAAAUUUCAAAUACUCAGACUUGUGGAAUUUUAUAAUUUCAUAUCAGCUGAUGAGGUAUGCUUGCUUUUAUAUUCCGGACUUCUCCUCAAAGAGGGGACAGGCCCGGUUUCCUUUGUACUAAUCGGGAAGGCUGUGAGAUUAAUCCAGAGCAUUAAUUGUAUCACUGUGUAUCGUUAACAAAUUCUUUGCAGCUUUCGGUGCUGGCUUCAGAAUUGAGCCGGCUGCGUUUCCCAGUAUAUCCAGCAUUAUAGAGAAAGACGGGAAGUUUCUUUUUGUGUAGCUCUCCUAACGCACUCUUUAUUUUACUACAGAAAUUAUUUUAGAGUUUUUGUAUAGACUUCUUUAGUGGUCUGUUUCUAAAAUGAAAUGUAUUUCAAUAAGCGGUGUAAUUUUUUCAGUGUAGCUGGGCCUAUGUUGUAAAAUAGGAAAAAAAUUUUUUAUAAUCAUCAAAAUGUGAUUCUUAAAGAUGCAUAUAACUUCUAUCGUUCAAAGUUAUUCUUACAUCCGUACCACUCAAAGGUGCUUCAGAGACUAGCUGUAUCUGAAAGGGUCUCCAGACACCAGCUUACUGCACAGUGAGGCUUGGCUUGCAGAACGUGGCGAAGUCCUUGCUAGCUUUUAAACCUUGGCUUCACACUCAGUGUGUCAGCACGUUAGGCUUGUUGACACGCUCCUGUCCUCCAUGUUUCACUUGGUUUGGUUACCAUGUUAAAUGGGAUGAUUUGCAGGGAGCUGGACCUUUCCCAGGGAAGUCACCUAGAGCUUGCAGGUAUUAAAAAUCGGUGUAGAGCUGUUCCCCAUCAGGAGGCGGCAGCAGUGGGGAUUGUUUGCUCUCACUCGUGUCCGUUUCUCAUUCUCCCCAGAGCUUGGUUGCGUUCCACCCGUGGCAACGACAAGUGGAAGUCUCAGAAUACACUGCUCGCUUUGAGGUUGCUGUAUUUUCCUAGAAUGGUUGUGACAUGAUAAAAUAGUACACUAAAAUCACAAACAUGAUGUUGCUGACAGUAGCUGAGAAGCUGGGAUGAGAACAAAUUGACUAUGAGCUUUUAAAUAUCUGUUCACCUAUGGAUAGAUCCACGACUUUGACUAUCCUAUCACGGUUUAAAUUGUAGCAAGGGAAAGAAAAUUCCUACAUUGUGCUGCCCUGUUCUCUGCAGAUAAUUAUGUGACAGUGGUGUUCACAGGCAGUGAGAGCAGCAUCUCUAACACCGUUAAGAUAAGUUACUUUUUCAGGUUUGAGAAGCUUCAAAAGAGCAUGAUCAAUCAGGAGCUUACAUAGAAAAGGCUGACUAGAAGGGCUAACCUAUUGCUCAUAUUUAACUGAUUAGAUUUCUCCAGACUCUAUAUAGCUAAAAAUUGUGGUUUGGUUUUUUUUUUUUUUUUUUUUUUCCAUCUCAGAGAAUUGAGUUCCAAAGCUGGGUCUGCUUUUUCUCCCUCUUCCUCUGUGUUUUAAUGUGGACAUUUCUUCAUUCUUCUUUCCUCAGGCUCUUAGAUCGUUGCCUAAAUCAGAACCCUGGCUUUAUUUAUUUUUAAUUUCUAAUAGUAAAUGUGCAGAUAUGCUUCAAGCACUUUCUGGCUGAUUAGCUCUGUGGUAGGAAAAAAUGGAACUCUCAAGUGAGGUCAAGUCCCUAUUUUGUAAAUAUCACAUUCUCUACUAGCUUUUUGGUUGAAAAUUUCCUCAUUUUUUCCUUCCAAUUACUGCCUUUCGUCCUCUGUAAUGAGCAUAGGAAAAUUUUUGGAAUGAGGCAGAAAAGUAUCUCAAGACCUACUUUUCUUCCUGUUUUUGGAUGUAAUUUCUAAAGAAUGUUAUUAUUUUAAAUCUUUGUAUACAGUUUUUGCACCCAGGUACCCAAACUAAUAAGGAAAGUUAAUUUCUUGUUUGUGACUGUUACUUCUUUAGUGGCUGCUUCCCCUUAACUCCACAGCCUCCUUCCCGUUCCAUGACAAGUUUGUAGAUGGAUGUACACCUUCAUGUAGAGAUAUCAUUAUUCAGUGGCCAAGCCUGUAAUGUUAAAAUGGUUUUUUUAAAGAUGUAAAUUGCAGCUUAAUUGGCUAUAGUACCUUAUUUUAUUCUACAUAAACUUACCGUAUUGGGCAGCAAUUCUGAAUUCUAGUCUUGAGACCAUUAAAUCAACCAUUUUAUGAAGUGUACUAUAAUCAUAAACUGGAAAAUUCAGGUAGUCAUAUUUGAUUUUUCAUCCAAGUGAAUAUAGCCAUAAGAAAAUGCCUACUACAUAGGAAAACCAGUAUUAAGCAAAUAAUCACCACCACCCUUAACAGAAGCAAAAAAAGAUUUUUUUUUUAAAUCAGCAUUGUCACAUAAUACAGUUCAUAGUGAAACGUAUUAUGGAACAAUCUGGAAACUUCUCGUUUCUUUUUUCCCCCUACAUAAGUAUCCCUUCCCUGACUUGGGAUUUGUGGUCUUCAGGAACACUGCUCAGAACAUAAUGACUCCUCGCCAGUGUCCUAUCACAUAUAAAUAAUGAAAUGCAUUAAGAAUAUUCGCAACAUUCAUGCUUCUGAAUACAACAACUGCAGGAUUAAGCCUUAAACAUAUGUGCAUCAGGUUUAGCACGCUCAAGACUCACACUCAGGGUUGGAAAUUUGAUUGGGGUCCUUCACUAAGAAGAAAGUUGCAUUCUGUGGUAUGUUCCCUCCGACAUAGAGUACAGCAACCUGUUACUUCAGAACUUCAUGCCUGCUCACCAUCCAUUUAUGAAAAAAAGAACAGGGGAGUUUGAGUGCUUAGCCCUUACCUGUCCUUCGUCUUUUAAAGACAACAAAGGCCGCAGUUCAGCGUUAUAUAGAUAUCCAGUUGAGGCUUUUUCUCAUUACUUGAUUUUACCAUUCUUUAAAGGCUUGUAUCACUGGUAGGGUUAAGUCUUACUCAAGGAAAGUUCUCAAGGGCUUUCUUGAAUUGACAUUGCAUUUUUUUAUUAUUCUUUUUCUGUUCUGUUCUCAUAGAUUGGUCAUUCAAGUUUAAAUUCUUCCUUAGCCUUAACGAAAGGCUGCUUGCUACUUUCUCAGACUGAGGCAGGUAGGCUCAUAUGGAGUUAGAUUUUUUUUAAUUUGAAUGAAGAAAAUAAGAUGAGCAGUUUAAAGCCACGUAGCUUCAUCUCCGCAUAUAUUUGUGAAUUGAUUCUUAUUUUUAGCAAGCAGGGAGUCUCCAUGUAAGACUAUGGAAGUUCAAAGAAAUCUUUGCAAAUCAGUUAUGUCUACUUUCACAGUCUACCAUUUACAUGAAUUGUCCUAAAUUAAUGACUGAGCAUGACAUUACCAUGGUUGUACCACCUUUUUAGAAACUACAUUUGUUGGAAGUACCUUUUCAUAGUGGUUAGAAGGCUCCCUAUAAUUUGAUUGUCCCUCAUAUACUAAGUGAAGGCAAAAUACGCUAAAGAGAUGCUUGUCAACUUUGAAUUUUCUAGUUCUUGAAAUUUUUCUCAGUACUUAACGUUUGUCGAAUGGAUAUAUAUGUUUAAUUUUUAUGUCACUGGAAGUUUUAAAUUAUGAGAAGAUCGGGCAGAUAGAAAUCCAUUGCCAAUGAUACUUAUUCUCCCCAUCUUGCAGAUUUCAGGCAGUGAAACAGAAUGGUAGGUGGGAUUUUUUGUAAAAAGAAGAGGAAGAUGAAGGAAGAAAACAAAAGUUAGGGAAACCCUUCUGUUUGAACUACUGUAUAGAAGUGACAACCUUUAUUACAUUGCUGAUCCAUAUGAUGAACAUUUCAGUGCUGUUCUAGACUAUGUGGGAAGUAUUUCAUGAAAAGGGUAUAAGUUACAUUUAAGAAUUUUAUCAACUAUUCUACCAUUACAAAAAACAGCUUGUUUAGAAUUCUUCAGACAAUAAAAUUGAGCAGAUAAAUACUGGAUUUUAAUUUCUCUUUGCCUAAACCAAGAUAGGAAAUUUCCCAAAAGAUCUUUUUUCUUUUUUUUUUUUUUUUCAGGAAUGAAAGGUCAUUAGCCACUAGAGACAGUGGCAUUUUUAUGCAAUAAGAACAACCGAACUACCCUGCUCCUGUCAUCUGUAGCAUUUAUACUAAAUAACAAUGGCCUUCCAGCCCUGGACACUACCUCGAUAAAGCAAACCAGAGAUCCUCUCCACACUUUCUAUGGAAGCCAUAAAAGUUGCCAUCAAUAUGUCCACUUUCAUAGUUCUAUACUUUUAUACUCUUUAGACUUUUUAUAGACUCUAUGAUCAGAUCUUUUUGUCUUAGAGGAUAGGUUUUGCAGGAUUCAAAGGAAAAGCAAACUCCUUGGUUGUCCCAACUUUGAAGCUUUUGCUUCAGUAAAUUUGUUUAAAGAACCAGAUAGUGUACCGUUUUUCCAAUUCUUGAUUUAAAUCACAGCUAUUUUGCAGAGUGGCAUAUCCAGAAAACAGACUUCUCUUUCUUAUUCCCUAAGUAGAAGCUAUAUUUGUUGUAAGAAACUACUUAUGAAGUGGAUUUCUACUACCUUGUUACUCUAUGUAUUACUCGAUAAUAUAUGUAUUGUCACAUCAUUCCUGGAGUUGUGUUUAUUUCCUGUGACAGAUCAGUGAGUCCACACCACCCCACAACUCCCCAUUAGCUCACUGCAGCUCCAUCUUUCACUCUGUUCUUGAGUGCCUUCAAAAAGCCAGCAUCCCGGAAACAUUCUUUCCCUGGUCUAAAUCCUACCUCUGCUUAUUUCAUUCUCCUGAAGUGUUGGAAGUCACCCUUAUUCCAGUUGGUUGGGCUCUACAAACUAGCUAGACCCUUGGAUGUGAAUUCUGGACCUACUCCUGUUCUGUCUCCCUACAUCACUUGUAGAUUAUGUUUUACACUUUUGCUUCUAUCUUAUUUCUUGACCUAUUAAAUCACUAAUGAUGAAAGGUUUUAUCCUUACUCCUCACUUUCUUUUCUUUCACCAGAAGUGAGAUGUUCCUUUAAAGUUAAAGGUCACAGAGCACUUCUCUUGGAUAUCAUCUCCUCAUCGUGGGUCUCCCUGAAUGCCUCCCCUUUCUGACUAAAGGAUCUUGAACGCUGCUGUUGCUGCGCCCUGCUCCUACAUGCCCUCUCUCUUCCAGGAACGUUCCAGAAGAUUGUGCCCAUAAUUCUAGUUUAGUCCAAUGAAUUUAAAAUCACUCUCUGGGUGUAUCAGAAGUCUAUUAGCUGUCCUUCUGCCUUUCUCACCCACCUGUCCCUCAGAAAUUUCCAGUUACCUUCUUUCCUGUCCCUCAGAAACUUCCAGUUACCUUUUUUUCUAACUUGUUCUCAUUAAUUUUUAAAGUAUGACUAAUACAUAAUAUAUGAAGGAUGUAAUAAAAAGGGGUUGCAGUGUGUUCUCCAUGUGAUAUGAGCACCUUAUUGAUAAACCAUUGUAGCAGUCGGCUAAUCUUUCACAGUCAAAACUGAUGUGUGUGUUGUUGUGCGGGUCUCUUGCCUCCUGUUCAAUUCUCCUCCAAAGCUGAAAACAAAUAGAAAAAAGAACUCUUUAAAAUGAGGAAAUUGGGUUGCAUUUUUUUUUCUUUCUUCUUUUUUUUUUUUUAAGGAAAUGAAAGCUAUUGAGUAUUUUGGUCUUAGAAAUUUUUCCUAUCUGACCAAAAAUGCCAUGUCCCUUUUUCUUAAAGUUAAUAAUACUAAUACUCAGGUUUUCAAGACUAAUAACCACACAAAGUGGGAGUCUAUGAAGGCAGCUGUUAAUAAAUUCCUAACUCCUUUUGUCUAGCAGCAGUAUGUUAUUUGAUGAGAUAGUGCAAAAUUAUGAGAAUUGGUUAUGUUUGGUAAUGAAUACAUUCAAGACACCUGAAAGCCUCCCUGGCUCUUUGGAAUUUAAAGACCAGCUUACAAAAUGCAAAAAGUAGACUACAGAAAUAAGCAACAAGAGUUUUGUGUUUUAAAUACUUUUUCAUUUUCAUUUGCCCUGACAGCCCCCGUUACUGGCCUGGAAGUUUGCCUCUUUCCUUGUAACUGGCUACCUAAAGUCUCUGCUUUGAAAUGUAUGGCUUCUCUUCAAAGUCACAGGCAGUACAGCCAACUGGGGAGAGGCAUGGCAGGCUUUCACCUGGAUGGGCCACAUCCCUAAGACUCACUGUUGGCGUGUUUCAAGUCUUCUCUAAUAGGGCACACCUGGUGCAGGUAUCAAAGGGCCAUUGCUCCUGAGAGGUGUCUGGGUCCAUUUCACAAUAUUCGAGCUUCUCUAGUGAGAUCAGAGAGGUUACAAAUUACUUAGAAACAAUUUGGGGGGAUGCAUAAAAAAUGGUGGUAGGGCAGAAAGGGAUGGAAGCUGAAUUUUGCUUCAGUCCUAAAGGAAAUUUAAUGCUCACAUUCGUUGGUUUUGAUCAGCCAGAGAGCCAAUCUCUGACUCGAAUGUGCCAAAGAAUCAAGUUGUUUUUGAAUAUCCAUCUCCUCUGAGCGAACACAACUUCCUCCCUGCCUGCCUUUUACAGGUGAAAAGGGACCAGGUGAUCACAAGGGCAGAGACAGAGAAGUCACAUCACAUCCUGCAUAGGACUCAAGGCUGUGUUUAAUUGCAUUUGAAAGUUCAUUAUUUUAGAAUCUCUUACACUCCUGGAAAUAUCCUUUCCUAAUUUCCUAUUAGGAAAUAUCCUAAUGAGUUGAUUAUCCAACUCAUUAGGUUUUUCCAAAACGUAAAAAGAAGGAGACUGUGUGGCAUGAUUUUGGUGUUUACUUCUAAAGUUGUAUCCCAAAGGAUAUAUCUGCAGCCUCUGAAAAGCGGAUGAAUCCCUCUCAAUCUUCAUUAGUUUCAAUAUGCAUCUUACUCUUUUCUUGUCAAGGGCUGUGGGAUUCUCUUCCAUCAGCAGUACUGGCUUUGUCCACAAGAGAGCAACAAAGUACUUUAGCUUCUCCAUUCUCAAACUUUGAAAGAUCCUGCUGUAAAGUCUCUCAUAGACUAUCCUCUCUUGGCUCAGUGCUUAUUUAUAGAUCUUUGUUUUUAAGACAUCUUCCUUUAUUACUAAGUCCAGUAGUUGCUCAGCCUUCAGGAUGCAAAGAUUGUUGAGCGGUCACAGGUCCUUGUGGGUUCCGCAUCUUAAUUAUCCGCUUUAAACAAUGAUGCCCUGAGAUGGAAAGCCCCACCCUUGGGGGCACAGAAGUGCAGAGCAGGAAGGCAGCCCUUCUUUCUUACACAUCCUGCCAGCAGUGCAGGGGGAUCACAUCUCUGAGAGGGACAAGAGCAGCAGGGCUGACUGGAGGUUGAAGGGGGAAGUGUCUCUCACCUCUGCUCCAGGGGAUGUCUGGUACACCAGGGAGCAAGUCCUGGGUUAGGACUUGUCCUGGGGCCCGUGACCUUCAUUGGUGCCCUUACUACGAGGUUUGUUCUCACGGCAACAUCUUCCUCUCAAGGGGCUGGCUGGUCAGUAGUAACUGGGGGCAAACACCCGAUAGAAACCGUUUACCCUGUAGAGGCAAGAGGCAUCUGCACCUGGAAUGGCCUUCUUACCGAAUCUCUGCCUGGUUCCUUUUCCUGCCUGGCUAAGUCUGACCCACUCCCACACUCAACAGCAAAACUGAAGCUGUGAUUGGUUUAGGUAACAGGUGGUCAGGUGUAACUUGUUGGUUAUUUUUGUUUUCCCCAACAAUACUGAAAUCACUUGCACUUUUCCUCAUUUCUUAAAGAAAAGAAAAUCCAGUUUGCUUGCCAGGAAUCGUUUAGCGUUAGGUUUACAAAGCUUGUUGUUGAAUGUUGAACAUUUGUCCAAAGGAGUUUGACAAAACAGAAGCUGCUUGGUCCCUGUUCCGCCUGCUAGGUCGCAAGGAUUAAGACCAUGUGGCUGGGGUACUCGUGUCAAGUCCAGAAGGGGGCAGUGUCCCUCUCCUACCUCUGCGAAGACGUAAUUGAAGGUCAAGUUGGACUCGCGUUAGGGCAGGUACCUCUCUUGCUGCAAAAAAAGUUUAGAGGAGUCUUUCAGUUGGGGAGGUGACAGGUAGGUAAGAUGGGAUCUCUUCAGAUGGGGAAGAUACGGGGGAGAGAAGAGCUCUUGGCCCCAGGCAGCUGUGGCGAGGCAGAACCAAACUCCCCCUGAAUCCCCAAGCUAGCCUAGCUUCCCUGAGUCAUCUCUAUUCCAGCAUCCUGUCAGAUCCCUCAACGUACUGAUUUUCCCCUUGUGUUAACUAUACCAAUAUUAUUUUUUUAGCAAUUGAAAUGCACUUUUUUUAUUUCAACUCAAUCAUGAUUUUAAGUAUAAAAAAUUUAUAGACUGUUAAAACUACUUUUUUUGUGUAUUUUUAACCACUCAAUGUAGCAUUGUCUAUUUUAUUCUUGUGAGACUCUGGUACAAGGUGUGCCACUUCAUGAUAUUUCCGACAUGCUGGGCCUUUGGAUGUGUACGGUAACAAACUUAAUGCUAAUGUUCAAAGUAAAAAAAAAAAAAAAAAAAA